UCUCUUUCUCCGGCGCGCACGGCUUCAAGUCCCCCAGCCGGAAUGCAGAUCUGAGCUGUAUAUGUUGUUGUUUUUAAUGGGCGCCGCCGCCGGGAGAGAGGAGGAUCAUGCUAAACAUAAUAUCCGCUCGGCUUUCCCAGAGUUUGGGCGCAUUCUCCCUUCCCUCCCUCCCCCCACCAAUUGGCAAGUGAAAAAUGAAUAAUCAGAUUAUAGUCUUUUUGGAUCCGCCUGCAGAGAGAGGAGGCUGGGGCUGGACGUGAGAAAGAGAGAGCGAUGGGUGUGAGUGUGCGCCUGGUGUGUGUGUGCGGGGGCGGGCGGGCGCGCUGAGCUUCCUGCUCGCCUGUAAACAUUAACCAGGUACUCGUGAGUGUGUGUGUGUGCGCGCGUCCCUCAGCUACUCCUGCCCAAACCUGCGGCUGCGUCACCUCCGUGACCAACAUCACAAUAUGCUUCUUGGAGACCUCAGGCUUUGCCUCCGUCCUUUAAAAACUUGAUCCGGCCGGGCUGGGUGGGUAGUUUGCCAGGGGACUGCCUCGCCUUCCUUCGUCUCAGCCCAGCCGGGUCUCGAUCCCUCUUCACCCGCUCUGUCCCUUGCGCACCCUCCGCUUUCUGCCCCUCUUCCUGCGCGCCUACGCGAGGGGCUUUCCGAGGCAACCUUCUUGCGCGCUCGGUGGCUUGGUGCGCCCCCACCCCCGGCCAACUCCUUCCCCCUCCCCGCUUCCCUUCUGGGGAAGAGGUCCCUAAGCCCUCCCGCCCCGUGCUUGCUGAUUACUCUCUCCUCCUCUUUGGCUUCCCUGUUGCCACUUGAGUGCGCGCGCGUGUGUUGUGGGGAGACUAUUGAGGGGUGCCCCGCUUUUGCAGCCGUGGCAUCCCUACCUCUACCGGCUCCUCCAUGGCUGGGCACGAAUGGGACUGGUUUCAGCGCGAGGAGCUGAUCGGACAGAUUAGCGACAUCAGAGUCCAAAAUCUCCAAGUGGAGAGGGAAAAUGUGCAGAAAAGGACAUUCACCCGGUGGAUAAAUCUCCAUUUGGAAAAGUGCAGCCCCCCUCUGGAAGUGAAAGAUCUGCUGACUGAUAUCAAAGAUGGCAAAAUUCUGAUGGCUUUACUGGAGGUUCUCUCAGGACAAAAUCUGCUGCACGAGUACAAACCUUCAACACACCGUAUUUUUCGGCUGAACAACAUAGCAAAAGCCCUUAAAUUUUUGGAGGAUAGCAAUGUAAAGCUGGUUAGCAUUGAUGCAGCUGAAAUAGCAGAUGGAAACUCUUCUAUGGUACUGGGCCUGAUAUGGAACAUAAUCCUGUUUUUUCAGAUUAAGGAACUCACAGGCAACCUCAAUAGGAACUCCUCCUCUUCCAGUCUGUCAUCAGGGCCCAGUGGACCUGACUCGGACACUUCUUACCCCAGCACACCUAAUGUUGAGAGAAGCAUGUCUGUUUCUGUAAAGGAUCAGCGAAAAGCAAUCAAGGCCCUUUUAACCUGGGUUCAAAAGAAAACAAGAAAGUAUGGCGUUGCAGUUCAGGAUUUUGCCAGCAGUUGGCGAAGUGGCCUUGCUUUCUUGGCUGUAAUCAAAGCAAUAGAUUCUAACGUGGUAGAUAUGAAACAAGCUUUGGAGAAAUCGCCCCGGGAAAACUUAGAGGAUGCCUUCACUGCCGCACAAAACCAUCUGGGUAUUCCAAGACUUUUAGAGCCAGAAGACAUCAUGGUCGAGUCACCUGAUGAACAGUCCAUUGUCACCUACGUGGCACAAUUUCUGGAGCAUUUUCCAGAGUUGGAAGGGGAAGAUUUUUCUGAUCUAGACAAGGAAAUUCCUGUUGAAGCUACUUAUGUCCAUGUUAAAGACAUACCGGGGCAAGAAAAACAGGAAAAGAUCUUAAUUCUGAAUGAAAAUGGAGAACACACGUAUACCACUCACCUGGACCAAAGCCAGUCCCCACCCCACAAAAUCCAUAUUCUUGAUUCGGCUUUUGAUCACAAGGGCCAACAUUUGCAUAAGGCAAAUGAAGCACUUCAUGACAAUCUGCAUCAGCCAUUGUCUGAUCUUUCAGAGACGUUCACAGAAGAACCUCAGAGGCCUCGCUCGUUGCCCAUUACAGAACCUAUUGGAUUUCCAUCUAGUUCUGUUACUGACAUCCUUGCCAAUAAACCAAAUAGACCUGAAGGGAAUCAGUUGAGCACGAGCGAUUCAUUGAAGCAGAAUGACAACCUCCCACCAACUGUUCUUACAUAUCCCAGACAUUCCAUUGAUCCAGUAGAGUCUUCCGGAGUUGACUCUGAAGAACCAAAUGCACAGAAAUCAACCAGUGAAAGAACGAAAUCACCUGACAGGAAGAGUCGCUCAUUACUCCGGACUUCACAUGCACCUAAAAAUGUACCAGAACAUCUGCCAAAGGAAAUGUUGGGUUCCCAGGAUGAAGAGACCACACAGAGUUAUAUAAUGCAAAUGCUGCAUGAGGAAAUUUCUAAGCUUCCAGAUAAGGAUGAAUCUGCAAAGCCAGCUUCUGAGUUAUACGAAAUGCAUGCUGCUCCUCAAGAUACUGAGGAGUCCAGUUUUGAGGAUAGUUCAGAGGCGUCUUGUCCACCUGAACAUCUAAUUAGAAACACUCCUAAGAGCCUGGAUGUUACUCAUGAGGACAGGUCCUUGGCUGCAGUGAAAUCAAACUCUUCUAAAGUCUCUAUAAUUCCCCAUGACCUCUUUUAUUAUCCGCAUUAUGAUGUCCCCAUAUCAGAAGUGUUGGAUGCCUUUGCCACCCCUGACCCAGACCCUUCCCUUUCUGAAAACAACAAAAUCUGUGCUGAGCUUUUAGUGACUUGUUUAACUGAGAAAGAGUCGCUUACCCUAAGCAACGAGGAAGGUAUUCCACAGCAAGGGCAACCCACCAAUGUGAAGGGGUCGCCAGCAGAAAUGGAUGAAAAGGGCCUCGAAAAGCAGAAAAAAGAUGCUCCUAGUCCCACCUUGUCUUCCCUUAACAGUGUAGGAGUUUCUGUUGCCAUGAAGAAUGCAGCAUCUAAACCCUCUGCUCAGAAGGAUUCUACACACGCGGAUGUCCCUGUGAUUGUGGUUAAUCAGUUUGAUACUGUAGCAGCAACGGAAGAAAGAAAGCCCUUGGAAGAAAGAAGUAAAAGGAAAGAAAAAAGGAAGAACAAGACCAUUUACCAAGGAGAAAACACCCAGAGUUCAAAAGCUGGCUCUACUCGAUUAAUAGAUAAACUAGAAGAAGAAUACAUAGAUCAUCAGGGUCUUUCAAGGCUGAGCCAUAGUGAUCCCAAUGUUGUUUUCCAAAGAAACUGUCCUGAGCCAACCAGUAAGGAACGCGGCAGCACUGAUGAACAGAAAAGCACAGCCACAAGUGAAAGCUCAAACCCCUCUGCCAGGAAGAGGAAAGACGCUGAAAGGAGAGAAGAUCCUGGAACGGUUGCUCCACGUAACAGCACUUCACGGACAGACCAACCUGAGUUGUUUUAUUUCAUUGUUUUCCUCUGGGUGCUUGUCUACUGCUUAUUGCUUCUUCCACAACUAGUUAGCAGCCCACUUUGAGCUCUGUGAGCACGUCAGAAAUAAUAAAAGAUAGCGGCUUGAUUUUUUUUCUUGUUGUUUAUGUGCCCCCAAAAUCCAUUGUUUCCGGUGGAACAUCGGCCAAAAUGCACAACCUGGAAUUCAAGCUUAUUCCAAGGUGAUUUUUAGCUCUUUUACUGUUGUGCCCUAAUACAAAGUCUCUUGGCACACCUUACUUUGUGUACAUAAUAUUAUAUAUAUUUAUAUAUAAAUAUAUCUAUAUAUAUUCAGAGAGAGAGAAAAGAGAAACAUUGGUAAUACUUAUGGGUUUCAUAUGUUUGUGCCUUCCAUUAUAGGAUGCUAAGUAAAAUGAAUAAUCUUUUAGGAAAAAUCCUAGAGUUAGAGUUCCAUAGUCUUCAGCAAACAUUCUUGUAAUUCUAAUUUAUCUAGAACCAUGAAAUCUGCCAAAAAUAUAUAUGUAUAUCUUAAUGUUGCCUUCCCAGUGGAAAUGUUUGGUUGAAGAAACUUGCUUUCCUCCAACAGAAACAUAAUGUGAUGUAAUAAUAAUAAUAAUUAUUAUUAUUAUUAUUAUAUAUCACAUUUAUCUGGAACCAGUGUUUAUGCCAUAGAAAUCUGGUACAUCUACAGAGGGCUUGCUUCAUAUGUAUGUGAAAUAGGAUCAGAAUCUAGCCCAUCUUAAUAUGAAACAUGCAUGUGAAAUAAAGGCAGACAUGUCCUAGUUAGAAACUGAAAUGGAGGACCCCAUUCAUUUCCAGAGGAAAUGGGCAGAAUAAAUAUUAUUUAGAUCCCCACCAAUGGGUUAGGGUUUGGGGGGCAGAAGGGGCAAUUGAAUGCAGAAAUGAGAUGAUUAUGCCUUGUAUUAUUGAGCACAGCAUGAAAGAUUCAAUUGUUAGGUUGUGGCUGCCAUAUUAGUAACUGACAUCUUGACUAACAAAGCUUCUGAAGAGUUCCAGACUAAUGCUGCAUCAGUGCUAGUGUGUGUGUAUGUGUAUGAUAAUUUCAGCGAUCUCCUCUUCCCCCAGAAGCCCUGUGUGUCACCCAAAAUAUGUCCCUGAGGGCUGUGAGACACCCCCCCUGGACAUAUUUUUAGAUGGCACAGAGCACUUAUUGGGAAAGGAGAGGCUGUCAGAAUCCCCACUGCUACAGUAAGUCAGUAGUAUGGCUGAGUUAGUUGAACUUUUCAGAAGCACCAACAUUUAUCCCAUUGCACUGGUGCUUUGUCAGGAUGUCAGCCAGUGAAAAUCUUUCCAUUAUUCUUUCGUCAUCCAGCACCCCUUUAUGAUUACAUUAUCCCCAGUCAGCCUUGCACCUGCUGUCUGGGUGUUCUUAUGUAACUGUAAUAUUAUUUAGAUAAUUUUUCACAAGGAAUUACACUGUGCUUAUCAUACAUGUUGUUUACUGUUACUUCAUAUAAGAUAAAUUUGCUCCCCAUGUUAGGAUGUCAAUACAUGUGGGCCAAAAUGGCAACAUGAUGUUAGUUAUGUUCUCCCAGAAUGCCCCUUGCUGAAGAGGAAGAACGUAAGAAAUGCUCUGCUGAACCAGACCAGAACAUCUAUCCACCAUUCACUUUCUAACAGCCGCUAGACAAAUAGUUUGGAACUCUUUGAAGCAGAGUCCUUCUCUGUUUGGUCUGUGCAGGUGAUACUUGCAGGUAUAGUGCCACUGAUUAUGGAGGUUCCACUUACCAAUCAUGCCUCAGAGCCACUGAGCUGCGUAUUCUCCAUAAAGCUGCCUGAUCCUCCCCCCCGCCCUUUUUAAAGGCAUUUAAUGGCCAAACUAGAAAUGACUUUAAUUGUAUUCUUGAAUACUGUGCUUUGGACCAGCCAUGUCUCAGGGUGGGGUUGGGAGCGGGGGCAUUAAUCCUUUUCCUAAAAGGGCAUGCCUCACUCAUCCUUUUACCUUCAAUGGGACUUCCUCAAGUAAAUGUAGUCACUAAGUCUAAAAUCCCAUCAAGUCCCUGACCGUUUUCUGUUGCCACACUUUCCAAAUCCCCAAAAUGCCUACCUCCUGACUCUUCUUCCUGCAUCAGAUUAACACUGCAAUAUGUGGCCUUCUCUGUACAACAUACUGUGGUGGUGUAUCAUGCACUUCUGUUUUGGCAAGCGUCCUGAUUGCCCAGAGAAAUCAUUUGGAUGCACUCCUCUGAACCUUUUCUAAGGCUGACAGUGUUUUGUUUUUGAAUUGAAAUCAUCUGUAAAGAGCAACACGAUGCCCCAGAAACUGUUUGUAUCACAGCUUGACGUACUGACAGCCUUCCAAAAAGAUUCCUCUGCCAGGAAAACAAAGGGGCCGCAAGGAUGCCUAUAUUCUUUUCCUUUCCACCCCAGUGCUUCCCAAAUAUCCAUUCAAGCAGCAGUCUGCAGCUGCUGCCCCAAACAUCAUGUAACUGAUAGAUCAUGCAGCUUAGCAAAACACUGUUGACGUCUCAUGAGCAGAGCUGAGAAAUCUUGCUCUUCGUGGGUCUGGAAAGGGGAGAAUGGUCUGGCAUCAGCGGCAACAUACAGCCCCCAUCUCAGUACAGCCAAUCCGCCCCCUUUCCUGCAGCUCUUGGCAUGAUUUGGAGACUGCCGUGUGAGGCUAAGGGGUGGCCCAUGAGGCAUGGAACCCCAGUGAAUUGCUCAGAGCCCCAAAUCUCAUCAGCCACCUCUCUCUUCCAUGACCUCUUCCAGAAAUGAAGAGCAGCAGUGGAGGUACCAGCACAGAGCAUGGGGAAGAGACCUCAGCUAGCUCUCUGCUGCUUCCACCUCCAUAAGUGCUGCAUUAUAAUACUAGAGACUUUACAAAACACAUAAUUAUUCUUGUGUGUGUGUGUGUGUUUAUGAUUGAGUUUAAUCCUAGUUAUGCAGUGAUGUUUCCAUUCUGUUGUCUUGCCCACGACAUCAUUUGAUGAUGGCAGCUAAAAAUCAUGAUUCCAUCUGUUCAUUUCUGUUUUAGAUUACCUAUGAGAUCCAAAGUGCUGAACUGUAAGAUUCGUCUUGCCCACCCCUCUGCCUUGAGGCAGGGGUCUCCAGACUUGGGUACUCAGAUGUUGUUGGACUACAACUUGGGUAGACUUGGGUACUCAGAUGUUGUUGUACCCAACCACAAUGGCAAGCCACAAUGGGGACCCAUGCCUUAAGGCCAUGUAACUGAUACCCAACACAUCUUCUUCAACAGAUACUUGACCAGUCUUAACCUCCUUAGGUGGCCUAUCCCAUUGUUGAAUUGCUCAUUUUGGUUAAGAAACUGGUCAUGUCUUAAACAUUUUUAGCUCAAAUAUAUUAUUAACAUUGUUCCACCAAAUAUUUUAGGUAUUAUACAUUCUCUUCCAGAAGCACAAAAGGAAGAAGCGCAUGCUUUUAAAAUUCUGAGACCCAUAGCUUUCAUUUAUUUUUUUAAAAAAUCUAGUCCUCAGGAUUGCAGCAAAAGGUUAUGAACAUAUAGUGCAUUGGGGCAGAGUUUUGUUUUGGUUCUUUCUGCCCCAUGCCUUUAUUAAUUCCAUUAUAACAAAAAUUGCUUUGUUCUGAAUUGUAUUGUAUGGCUAUAUACCAAUUUCCUCUCCCAGUUUUGCAGCUGAUUUAUUUAAUCUGAACACCAGUGAUUUAAAGAUUAAAAACUAUUUGCACCAAUUUGGUUUAUUCGGUUUUUUGGUGCGAUAGCAUUUUUAUUGAGCGGGGACAAUCUGAAACGUUUUUUCUGAGAGAAGGAUUUGUUUUUAAAGUGCAGGAAUUAUGUACAAAUGCUUCUGGUAUGUUUUCCUGGUCAGUUCUAUACACUGAAUGUUUGCACUUAAUAUCCAGAACUAAUUUUUGUAAAGUAAAUAAAAUGUUUUAUGUAUAGUUGGAACAAACAGGAAAGGGGAUGUCUUUUUUGCAUAACAGUUGAACUUUAAUAAAAAAAGGAGAUGCAAUCGUGAACAGCUUAAACCUUUGUUUUCUAAUGCCUCAGAUUUUCAAAUAAAUUGAUGGAUUUUCUGUAUUGAA